CGUCAACAAUGCCGGAGACCAGAGCCCUCUGCGUCUCUCUCUCUCUCUCUCUCUCUAUUUCAAAAUCCCCAUUUCCGCGCCCAAAAAAUUGAAAACGAACCGAAGGAAACAGAAUUCCUCAAAUAGAAACUUGAGGAUUUUCCCAUAAUAAUGGAUUGAACCCUCAACUUUCAGCUUCGCAUUCUCGCUCGCUCCUUACUGUUACUGCUACUAUCAUCGAAGUAUUGAUCGAGGAAGUGGUAACAAUAGCAGUAGUAGUUGUAGUUAGAGUACUAUAGAACUAAGGAAGAUCCUCUGAAUCUGAUCGCCCUCUCUCUAUCUCCAUGGAAGACCAGAGAGUGUUGGAUCUGGUGAAACAGCUCGUUCUGCGGUUACUCUCUCCCAAUCGAAACGAUUCAGAAAAGUCGACCCAUUCGAUCAACACCAACAAGGCACUGAAGUACGCAAUGCGUAUCCUAGGCAGUCGAAUGACGCCUUCCAUAUCCAUGGACGAGGCAGCCAUGGCCGAAUCCAUUAAGCGACAUCUCGUCAACCAAGGUAAGUCCUCUGAUGCCCUAAUCUUCGCCGAUCUCUAUACCAAGUUCUCCUCCAAGUCCGGCUCCGGCGGCAUUCAGAAUAAGUUGGCCGUCCUUUACCUUCUCAAAGUCAUCUCCGAAGAUCGACGCAAAGAGAAGAAAACCGAUUCUAGGGUUCCCUCCUCCGCUUUUCUCUCUUCUACCGUCACUGGCGGUCUCCCUGAAUUGUUCGGAGACGACGGCGGCUCUGGGAACCAGAAGCCCCCCGAUAAGGGUUGGAGUGGUGGCGUUUUGCUGAUAUCCAAGGAUCCUGACAAUCUUAGGGAUAUUGCCUUUCGGGAGUUUGUGUAUUUUUUGAAUGAAGAGAGCGAGGUAUCUGAGGGUGCUCUGGUUAGGGAUGUCUUGUUUGUUUGUCAAGGUAUUAACGGCAAGUAUGUGAAGUUUAAUAAGAGUAUUGACGCCUAUGUGCUCCUGGAUUCGAUUAAAGUGCCGAGAGCCACCAGAGUAAUGAUUCGGAAGCUCUGUGAGUUGGGUUGGUUGUUUAGAAAAGUCAAAGGUUAUAUCUCGGAGAGCAUGGAUAGUUUCCCUACUGAGGAUGUUGGAACAGUCGGGCAAGCCUUUUGCGCGGCUUUGCAAGACGAGCUUGCUGCGUAUUACAAAUUGUUGGCUGUCUUAGAAGCUCAGUCGAUGAAUCCCAUCCCUUUAGUUUCGGAGACUCCAAUCUCGGGAAAUUAUCUCUCCCUGAGGAGGUUGUCGGUUUGGUUUGCAGAACCGAUGGUGAAGAUGAGGCUGAUGGCUGUCCUCGUUGACAGCUGCAGGGUUUUGAGGGGCGGUGCAAUGGCAGGUGCAAUCCAUAUGCACGCCCAGCAUGGAGACCCUUUGGUUCAAGACUUCAUGAGACGUCUACUUCGCCGGGUCUGCUCUCCACUGUUUGAAAUGGUGAGGAGUUGGGUAUUGGAGGGGGAGCUGGAUGACAUUUUUGCUGAGUUCUUUGUUUUGGGACAGCCCGUAAAAGCUGAAUCACUCUGGCAGGAGGGAUACAAGCUCCAUGCGGGAAUGCUCCCCUCUUUCAUCCCACAAUCACUCGCUCAGAGGAUUUUGAGAACUGGGAAGUCAAUAAACUUUCUCAGAGUCUGUUGUGAGGAUCAGGGUUGGGCUGAUACGGCAACAGAAGCAGCUGCUGUCGUUGGGACUACAACUAGGAGAGGUGGGCUUGGGUAUGGCGAGACUGAUGCACUCGAAUCUCUGGUGGUUGAAGCAGCCAAGAGGAUAGAUAAGCAUUUGAUGGAUGUCAUGUACAAGCGGUACAAGUUCAAGAAACACUGUCUUGCAAUUAAGCGUUAUUUGCUCCUUGGGCAAGGCGAUUUUGUGCAGUAUCUAAUGGAUAUCGUAAGGCCUGAGCUUUCAGAACCUGCAAACAGUAUCAGCUCAUUCAAACUAGCUGGGUUUCUGGAAAGUGCAAUCCGAGCAUCAAAUGCACAGUAUGAUGAUCAUGACAUAUUGGACAGGUUAAGGGUCAAGAUGAUGCCACAUGGUACUGGAGACAGGGGUUGGGAUGUAUUCUCAUUGGAGUACAAUGCUAGAGUUCCCCUGAAUACCGUAUUUACUGAAUCUGUCAUGGCACGGUAUCUUAGAAUUUUUAAUUUUCUUUGGAAGCUUAGACGUGUUGAGCAUGCCCUGAUUGGCGCUUGGAAGACGAUGAAGCCGAAUUGUGUUUCUUCUCACUUUUUCUUGAAGCAGGAAAGUUCUAUUAAACUGCUGUUCACAUCAACAUUGCGGCGGUGCCAAGUUCUUUGGGAUGAGAUGAACCAUUUUGUCUCGAAUCUGCAAUAUUAUAUUAUGUUUGAGGUCUUAGAAGUGUCAUGGUCCAAUUUUGCAAAUGAAAUGGAAGCUGCAAAAGAUCUAGAUGACCUGCUUGCAGCACAUGAGAAAUAUCUCCAUUCCAUUGUGGAAAAGUCUCUUCUUGGAGAUCGCUCCGAAGCCCUCUAUAAGACUCUGUUUGUGUUAUUUGAUAUCAUUUUGCGGUUCCGUAGUCAUGCUGAUCGGUUAUAUGAAGGUAUCCAUGAGUUGCAAGCAAGAACGGUGGACUCUUCUGUGUCCUCUCAGUCGAGGAGCCGAUCAAGAUCGAAAUCGAAUAAUGAAUCCUCAGGCUAUGGAACAUGGGCUGGUGGGGGCAGGAAGGCCUUGACACAGCGUGCUGGAGAAUUUCUUCGAAACAUGCAAGAGGACUUGGACACAAUUGCAAAAGAGUACAAAUCACUACUUGAAGGAUUCAUUGCCCAAUUACCUCUGCAGCAACAUGUUGAUUUGAAGUUCCUAUUAUUCCGCUUUGGAACAAUCAUGUUGCGGCUAGCUUGUUGGGACUAACCAGGUCUACAUGAUGCUCCAAACAGUGAUGUUUGCUCCUUUUUGAUGGCUUGGAUGGAAGUUUUCUGAGGUUGAAAAUUGAGGUCCAAUUUUAGCCUCAGUGAAAUGUGGGUGCCCCAAUCUCGACGGCACAUCCAAAUUCAGCUUUCUCCCUGGCUGCUGAAUGCUGGAUGCUUAUGGAGACGAUUAAGCUGUGAUUUUGAUUGAAUAUAUAGAGCUGUAGGAUAAGUUUUGGUGACUUGUAUUCGCUGUUUCUGGGCAAUUGUGAUAUGUUUCCUUAAGGCGAGAACACAAUGAUGUUAUUGAAGCAAUCUGCUCAUCACAAGAAUGCAGAUGGAUAGUGCAGAUACUUAUGCCCUGUGUUACUAUGGUGCUUGCUGAGCAAACAUUAAAAUGUCUAUACAUAUCACUCUGUCUUGUUUCAUUUCUUUUAUUGUUAAGAAAGGAAACUAAGAUGCCUGAUAACUAAUCGGUAUUGAAUGACAUUGGCUGUAUUGUGAUACAUUUGCGAUGUGGAGCAAAUCAAGCAAAUCAAGCAAAAGAUCAAUUAGUUGUGGGUUACUUUU